UACGGCGGGAAAAUGGGGAAAGAGGCGGGAAGAGUUAUGCUGAAUUUGCGAUAUAAAGGAUCCUCACGGAAAAUUCGAUUACCCAAAGGUUUGUUUCACUGAUUUCGAAAGCUAUUCUCUUUCAUUUCUUUGUUCUUUCUCUGUGUACGCUCAACAUGGGGAAGAAGAGUAAAUCGAGGGUUUCUCGCGAUGAAGUAGAACUGGAAGAAGAAGAAGAGGGACAGAAUGAGAAUCUUAAUCAAUCUUCCACAGAUGAGAAGAGUCUCUAUGAGGUUCUUGGACUUGAGCGGACAGCAUCUCAACAGGAAAUAAAGAAAGCCUACUAUAAGUUGGCCUUGCGGCUACACCCUGACAAAAAUCCUGGUGAUGAGGAAGCUAAAGAAAAAUUUCAGCAAUUGCAAAAGGUUAUAUCAAUUCUUGGUGAUGAGGAAAAACGUGCUGUCUAUGAUCAGACUGGUUGUGUUGAUGAUGCUGAUCUUGCAGGGGAUGUCGUUCAAAAUUUGAGGGAUUUUUUCAGAACCAUGUACAAAAAGGUCACUGAAGCUGAUAUAGAAGAGUUUGAAGCAAAUUACAGGGGAUCUGAUUCAGAGAAAAAGGAUUUGAUUGACCUCUAUAAAAAGUGCAAGGGUAAUAUGAACAGGCUCUUCUGCUCGAUGCUCUGUUCUGAUCCUAAGCUUGAUUCUCACCGAUUCAAGGAUAUUCUGGAUGAGGCAAUAUCUGCAGGGGUAGUGAAGGCAAGCAAAGCAUACCAGAAAUGGGCUAAGCAAGUAUCUGAAACCAAACCACCUACUAGUCCCUUAAAAAGGAAGAAAUCAAAUAAACAAUCAGAAGCAGAUCUACUUGCUAUUAUAUCUAAGCGGCGAAGUGAGAGAAAAGACCAAUUUGAUUCCAUGUUCUCAUCUUUGGUGUCCAAAUAUGGUGGUAGUGCAGCUUCUGAACCCACAGAAGAAGAAUUUCAAGCUGCACAGAAGAAAAUUCAAAGCCGUAAGGCCUCCAAAAAGUCAAAGCAAAAGUAACUAUAUAUUGUGAGAGAACAAGGCCAGAGGACCUUAUUUUGUUUAAAUGGAAAACAAGAUCAACUUGUUCUUUAUCCAGGUUUAAAUGGAAAACAAGAUCAACUUGUUCUUUAUCCAGGUUUAAAUGGAAAACAAGAUCAACUUGGAGUCUAUGGUUCUGCAUUUUUCUACCCCAUUCUGCGUAUUCUCCGCAAAAAAUCAUAAUACAUCUAGCACAAGGCCAUAGAUGCAUAUUUUCUUUGGACAUGGUUGAACUUUUUGAUUAGGGAGUUGAGAAAUCACAUUGACUUGCGUAAUUUAUUUGAGCAAAGAGAAUAUUAGAUCGAAUCCUUGAAGGGCUAAAGGUUCGAACGUGGCAUAUUGAUGCAAUAAAAACAUGGGGAGGGGUCUGCUAUCUGUUAUCCAGCUGUAAGAUUGGCGUACAAGUAUCGGUGGUGCAUAAUGAGCCAAAGUUUAACCAAGGCAUGCGUCAAUGCCGGAAAAAAGUUUAUAACUUUCAAAGGAAAAAGGUGUGUGGAAGACCCAAAGGCAAGGUGGUCCUCUUAUAUAAAAUUUUACUUGGUUUGUGGGGUUGUGCAAAAACAUUUGAAGUUGUAGGUUGUAGGGUCCAAUCCCAACCUCAAUGUAUUAUGCUUAUUUAGAUGUUGUUUGAUUCAGUGGAUUCUGAUUCUUUGCA